AUGUUUAAUAACAUUAAACAAGCUAUACUUUUGUUCAGCAAUCAAUUCUCACCGGCCUGCUACUGCAUUACCAACGGGCGUCAAGACAAGCCGUAUCAGUCAACUGUCUAUACUUCUAUCGCACCGACCUCUACAACACAGUGGCUCGGUAUGAGUCUACAAAGUAGUGUCAUCGAUACGACGGCACAAUGUCGUCGUUCCUUGAGCGGAGAUCAUGACAUACCAUUAGUCAAAAUCUGUCUGUCUUUCUUUCUUUCUUUCUUUCUUUCUUUUAUUCUCAGCAUCCUCCAUCAAAUCACAUCUCUGUUGUCUCAGGUCACUCCUUUCUUUCUUUCUUUCUUUCUUCAUCAUCCACAUCAAAUCACCUCUGUUUCUCAGUUUCUUCAUUUCUUUUUCUUACUUUUUUUUAUUCUCAGCAUCCGUCCAUCAAAUCACAUCUCUGUUGUCUCAGGUCACCUCUUCAUCUCCACACCUUCUUUUUCUUUCUUUUUUCUUUCUUUCUUUCUUUCUUUCUUUCUUUUAUUCUCAGCAUCCGUCCAUCAAAUCACAUCUCUGUUGUCUCAGGUCACCUCUUCAUCUCCACACUCCCUCUUUCUUUCUUUCUUUUAUUCUCAGCAUCCGUCCAUCAAAUUUCUGUUUUCUCAAGUCACCUCUUCAUUUCUUUUUUCUUUUCUUUCUUUUUAUUCUCAGCAUCCGUCCAUCAAAUCACAUCUCUGUUGUCUCAGGUCACCUCUUCAUCUCCACACUCCUUCUUUCUUUCUUUCUUUCUUUGUUUCUUUCUUUUAUUCUCAGCAUCCGUCCAUCAAAUCACAUCUCUGUUGUCUCAAGUCACCUCUUCAUCUUCCUUUCUUUCUUUCUCUUUCUUUCUUUUACACACGUCCAUCAAAUCUGUUUCAGUUUCUUCAUCUUUCUUUCUUUCUUUCUUUCUUUUAUUCUCAGCAUCCGUCCAUCAAAUCACAUCUCUGUUGUCUCAAGUCACCUCUUCAUCUCCACACACCUUCUUUCUUUCUUUCUUUUUUUCCUUCUUUCUUUCUUUCUUUCUUUCUUUUAUUCUCAGCAUCCGUCCAUCAAAUCACAUCUCUGUUGUCUCAGGUCAUCUUCAUUCCUUUCUUUCUUUUCUUUGUUUCUUUCUUUCUUUCUUUCUUUUAUUCUCAGCAUCCGUCCAUCAAAUCACAUCUCUGUUGUCUCAGGUCACCUCUUCAUCUCCACACUCCUCUUUCUUUCUUUCUUUUAUUUCUUUCAAAUCACAUUUCUGUUUUUCAAGUCACCUCUUCAUCUCCACACUCCUUUCUUUCUUUUUCUUUCUUUCUUUUAUUCUCAGCAUCCGUCCAUCAAAUCACAUCUCUGUUGUCUCAGGUCACCUCUUCAUCUCCACACUCCCUCUUUCUUUCUUUCCUUCUUUCUUUCUUUUAUUCUCAGCAUCCGUCCAUCAAAUCCGUCCUUCAAAUCUUCAUCUCCUGUUGUCUUUCUUUUUUUAUUCUCAGCAGUCCAUCAAAUCACAUCUCUGUUGUUCAUCUUCCUCCACACCUUCUUUCUUUCUUUCUUUCUUUUAUUCUCAGCAUCCGUCCAUCAAAUCACAUCUCUGUCGUCUGUUCAUCUCCACACUCCCUCUUUCUUUCUUUUCUUUCUUUUAUUCUCUUCAUCCGUCCAUCAAACACAUCUCUGUUGUCUCUUCAUCUUUCUUUCUUUUCUUUCCUUCUUUCUUUCUUUUUUAUUCUCAGCAUCCGUCCAUCAAAUCACAUCUCUGUUGUCUCAGGUCACCUCUUCAUCUCCACACUCCUUCUUUCUUUCUUUCUUUCUUUCUUUUAUUCUCAGCAUCCGUCCAUCAAAUCACAUCUCUGUUGUCUCAGGUCACCUCUUCAUCUCCACACUCCUUCUUUCUUUCUUUCUUUCUUUUAUUCUCAGCAUCCGUCCAUCAAAUCACAUCUCUGUUGUCUCAAGUCACCUCUUCAUCUCCACACUCCUUUCUUUCUUUCUUUCUUUCUUUCUUUUAUUCGCAGCAUCCGUCCAUCAAAUCACAUCUCGUUGUCUCAGUUCACCUCUCUUUCUUUUCUUCUUUCUUUCUCUUUCUUUUAUUCUCAGCAUCCGUCCAUCAAAUCACAUCUCUGUUGUCUCAAGUCACCUCUUCAUCUCCACACACUUUCUUUUUUUCUUUCUUUUAUUUUCCAUCAAAUUUUUUUUUCUUUCUUUUCUUUCUUUUCUUUUUAUUCUCAGCAUCCGUCCAUCAAAUCACAUCUCUGUUGUCUCAGGUCACCUCUUCAUCUCCUCACUCCCUCUUUCUUUCUUUCUUUCUUUCUUUCUUUCUUUCUUUUAUUCUCAGCAUCCGUCCAUCAAAUCACAUCUCUGUUGUCUCAAGUCACCUCUUCAUCUCCACACACCUUCUUUCUUUUCUUUCUUUCUUUUUUAUUCUCAGCAUCCGUCCAUCAAAUCACAUCUCUGUUGUCUCAAGUCACCUCUUCAUCUCCACAUCCGUCCAUCAAAUCACAUCUCUGUUUUUUCAUUUCUCUUUUCUUUCUUUCUUUCUUUUAUUCUCAGCAUCCGUCCAUCAAAUCACAUCUCUGUUGUCUCAAGUCACCUCUUCAUCUCCACACUCCUUUCUUUCUUUCUUUCUUUCUUUCUUUUAUUCGCAGCAUCCGUCCAUCAAAUCACAUCUCUGUUGUCUCAGUUCACCUCUUCAUCUCCACACUCCUUCUUUCUUACUUUCUUUCUUUCUUUCUUUUAUUCUCAGCAUCCGUCCAUCAAAUCACAUCUCUGUUGUCUCAAGUCACCUCUUCAUCUCCACACACCUUCUUUCUUUCUUUCUUUUUUUCUUUCUUUCUUUCUUUCUUUUAUUCUCAGCAUCCGUCCAUCAAAUCACAUCUCUGUUGUCUCAGGUCACCUCUUCAUCUCCACACUCCCUCUUUCUUUCUUUCCUUCUUUCUUUCUUUCUUUUAUUCUCAGCAUCCGUCCAUCAAAUCACAUCUCUGUUGUCUCAGGUCACCUCUUCAUCUCCACACUCCUUUCUUUUCUUUCUUUCUUUCUUUUUUCUUUCUUUUAUUCUCAGCAUCCGACCAUCAAAUCACAUCUCUGUUGUCUCAGUUCACCUCUUCAUCUCCACACUCCUUCUUUCUUUCUUUCUUUUUUCUUUUUCUCUUUCUUUUAUUCUCAGCAUCCGUCCAUCAAAUCACAUCUCUGUUGUCUCAGGUCACCUCUUCAUCUCCACACUCCUUUCUUUCUUUCUUUCUUUCUUUCUUUUAUUCUCAGCAUCCGUCCAUCAAAUCACAUCUCUGUUGUCUCAAGUCACCUCUUCAUCUCCCACACCUCUUUCUUUCUUUCUUUUUUUUCUUUUCUUUUUUUCUUUCUUUUUUAUUUUCUCAUUUGUUGUCUCAAGUCAUCUUCAUCUCCAUCAAAUCACUUUUCUUUCUUUUAUUCUCAGCAUCCUCCAUCUUCAUCUGUUGUCUCAAGUCACGUCUUCAUCUUUCUCUUUCUUUUCUUUCUUUUUUUUUAUUCUCAGCAUCCGUCCAUCAAAUCACAUCUCUGUUGUCUCAGGUUCACUUUCUUUUUUCUUUCUCUUCAUCUCAGCAUCGUCCAUCAAAUCCAUCUCCGUUGUCUUCACGUCUUCACUUUCUUUCUUUCUUUUUUUUAUUCUCAGCAUCCGUCCAUCAAAUCACAUCUCUGUUGUCUCAGGUCACCUCUUCAUCUCCACACUCUUUCUUUCUUUUUUUUUCUUUCUUUCUUUCUUUCUUUUUUUAUUCUCAGCAUCCGACCAUCAAAUCCACAUCUCUGUUGUCUUUCUUUUUUUCUUUCUUUCUUUCUUUUUCUUUCUUUUAUUCUCAGCAUCCGUCCAUCAAAUCUCAUCUCUGUUGUCUCAGUUCACCUCUUCAUCUCCACACUCCUUUUCUUUCUUUUCUUUCUUUCUUUUAUUCGCAGCAUCCAUCCAUCAAAUCACAUCUGUUGUUGUCUCACCUUUCUUUCUUUCUUUCUUUCUUUCUUUUAUUCAUCCGUCCAUCAAAUCACAUCUCUGUUGUCUCAGUUCACCUCUUCAUCUCAACACUCCUUCUUUCUUUCUUUCUUUCUUUCUUUUAUUCUCAGCAUCCGUCCAUCAAAUCACAUCUCUGUUGUCUCAAGUCACCGCUUCAUCUCUCUUUAUUUCUUUCUUUUUUUCUUUCUUUCUUUCUUUUUUUUAUUUUCCGUUCAAAUUCUCAGCAUCGUCCAUCAAAUCACAUCUCCGUCACCUCUUCAUCUCCACACUCCCUCUUUCUUUCUUUCUUUCUUUCUUUCUUUUAUUCUCAGCAUCCGACCAUCAAAUCACAUCUCUGUUGUCUCAGGUCACCUCUUCAUCUCCACACUCCUUCUUUCUUUCUUUCUUUUAUUCUCAGCAUCGUCCAUCAAAUCACAUCUCCGUUGUCUCAAGUCACGUCUUCAUCUCCACACUCCCUCUUUCUUUCUUUCUUUCUUUCUUUCUCAGCAUCCGUCCAUCAAAUCACAUCUCUGUUGUCUCAGGUCACCUCUUCAUCUCCACACUCCUUUCUUUCUUUCUUUCUUUUAUUCUCAGCAUCCGACCAUCAAAUCACAUCUCUGUUGUCUCAAGUCUCCUCUUCAUCUCCACACUCUUUCUUACUUUCUUUUUUUCUUUCUUUCUUUCUUUCUUAG